AUGUCGACGGUCAAAGAUGCGCGUCGCCUUCGCCAGAUGAGGGAGCAGACGAGUGGACAAGCAACACCGCGAGCAAGGUCGAGGGCUGAUAGCGCCAGCUCUGCACGGAGCGUUGUCUCGAAUCCGACUUCUUCAAGUGCUGCGAUGCCUGUUGCGAAUGUAGGCCCAGUUCGUGCUGCUGCAGGUUCCGCGAUGGGCCCUCCAGCUGGUUAUCAUUUGCAAGGCAAUGUUCAGACUCCCGUGACCCAACCUGUCGUCAGACAUCCGAUCUUCCACCAGGAAAAGUUCAGACCAAGUCCGUAUCAACUCCAACUCGAACAACAACGAGCUCUGCAGCAGCAACAGCGAGUGCCAGUCGCGCAUGAUCCUGCCAGCUCUCAAGCUCAAGUGCAGAUAAAAGAGUACCGGCCCAGAGUCGCGAACGGUUCGCGGCCCGCACCUGGGACUCCGAAGAGUGUUGCGUCCAGUCGAACACCAGCUCAUGCCCGCGCAGCCUCGUCAAGUUCAGCCUCCUCAACUUCCGCUUUCGUUCAAGGCAGCAGCGGGUCUCGGAUGACCCCAAGUUCGAUUGCUGCCAGCACCAGCGAGCCGGCGAGCCGCAACACAGUCCAGCCGUACAACACGACGCCAAUGAACACGCAAGGCGUAACCAUGAUGUUCACCAAAGCCCAGUUCAACGACCUCCUGGCCCACAUUUCCUCCCGAGACCAACAGCUCAAGGAUGAAUUUGCUCAGGUCGUCCAAAAGAAAGAACAAGACGAAGAUCUGAAAGAACUCACCAAGCAACUUCGCGCGUUUUGUAACCUUCAAUCUCAAGCCAACGAGAAUUGGGAGAAGCGGUUGGCUGGGGUGGAGAGUCGUUUGAAGGCGGUGGAGGAAGCUAUUGGGAAGACGGCGGGAACGGAUGAUGCAGAGGGCGGCGGGAAGAGUUUGGGAAAGAAGUUGGACGAGAUGUUCAUUGUACUUGGAGAGGUAUGGGAAAGGGUGAGAGAUCCCAAGGCUGAUGACUUGGCUGUAUCUGAAGAGGCGACCCGAGUACCUGCCCAAACUCCUAUCCCAACUAUCACCUACCGCGAAGCAGCGUCGAGUCCCAUCAAGCGCCCAGCGGAGAUUAAGAGCCCUGAACCCGAGACCCAACCUACAGGCGUUUCUCAACCCAUAUUCUCGCGUGCAGCCAGUCUAGCAGUGAUCACUGAAGCUCCAAGUUCAUCAACUCUGGCGACUGCAACUGCUACGGGCACGAGUACCUCCAACAGUCUUCAGUUUAUCAAGGAAUCUCUUUCGGAGCCGUCAUGUGAAGUUGCUGUCGAGGAAGAAGGUAUAGACGACGAUGCAGAGAAGUUCGGCGAAGUUCAUGUUCAUCUUGAAGAUGCCGGCGAGAGUAGGCCUAUCACACCCAUGUCGGAAGACAUAGACAUGGAGUUGGACUUGGCGUAUCCUGGAGAAGCAUCUGUAAUAGAAGACGACAGCGCGACUGAAGUAGCCCAAGAGGAUAAAAUGGACGAAGGAGAUCAAUCGGAACCCGAUGAAGAGCCCAAGGAAGAUAUGGACGUCGAACCUCUGCCCACCGUUUCGAAUGCUGUACAAAUCGAGCAGGAGGCUGCAUUAGCGCCGGUCCUCGACUCAGAUUCGACUCCCGCUCAACCCGAGGUUUCUGCACCGGACGGCCAUACCACGAGCCCCGCGCUACGAGAGCAAAAUCAACCACAGCAGCCAUCCCGACCACCAUGCAAGGCAGGCUCGUUCUCGAAAGUGGAUUGGAGCAAAUGUGAAGCAGAAGGUGCGGAGGGUGAAGAUGAAAACCUCGAAGACGCUGCACAGCCAACCUACUUCCAACCCGACCUCUCCCCUCAAACCCUCCGGCAGACCUCUUUAUACAAGCCCGACGCGCCUAUGGAAGGCAGCGUAGGCGAGUUACGACUAGGCGUUUUGGGGGAUAACGCGCCGGUUGUCCUGGGCGAUGGGUCGUUUGUGGAUGACGCUGGGACGUCCAAGUCGUCUGCUGGGGGAACGAGUGGCGGGGAUGUUCAGAGGAUACCGUUGGUUGCGCCGCCGGAGGGCGAGCCGUUGCCUACGCCUGAGACGUCGAGGGAGGGUACGCCUGUGGUUAAGGAGGUGCUUGAUGUGGAGGAGGGUGAGGGUGGCGAGGAGGUGGAGGAGCUUUCUGCGGUUGGUGAGGUUAUGGAGGCUGAGGAGGACCGCAUGGUUGAAGAGGUUCCAGAGGCUGAGGAGGACCUUGCGGUUGAAGAGGUUCCAGAGGCUGAGGGGGGCCGCGUGGUUGAAGAGGUUCCAGAGGCUGAGGAGGUCCCUGCGAUCGAAGAGGUUCCAGAGGCUGACGAAGACCCUGCCGCUGACGAGGUUUCUGCGAUUGAUGAGGUGCCAGCAAAUGAAGAGGCGACUGGGGUUGAAGAUCUUGAUGACGCUAUUCCUGGGGGUGAAGACCAAGCUGAUGACGAUGAGGAUCACACUCAAGAACCCAUCGCGGUCGAGGAUGUCAAAGAUGAUUUGGAAGACCAGGUCCAAGAACCCGAUGCGGUGGAAGAGGCCGAAGAUCCUGGGAGGUCUAUGGACGUCGACGAAGACAUACAAAGACCUCAAGAAGAGUCCGAGGACGAACUCAAUAUCAUCGCCAAGCCGCUUCCUACCCCGAGACCGUCAGAAGGCGACAAAAAGACCGAGGUUGCUGAAGUGGUCGACCACGAGGAUAAACCUUCCCGUCAGUCGAGUCCUCUGAAAUCCAAAUCGAAAUCGCUGUCGACCAGGUCGUCCACCGAGGAACCCCUGUUCCUCCCCAUCUCCGAUACCGACUCUAUGGCAGACCGCGCAAGGUCAAAUGCGCGCGAUGUGGAUGAUGAUGAUGGAUCCGUUGGUGGUGAUGACAGGGAUGGAGGCGAAGACUUGGAGUACGUCGAAGUUGACGACGAAGCGGUAGAACUGCCCUCUGACAUUGAUGAAGUCGAGUACAAAAAGGCCUUGUGGCUUUCCAAACAGUUGCCGCCUUCUUCCCCACCGAAACCUGAUUCCGACCAUGAAGACGAUGGAGAGCAACAUACCGCGCCUGUUGUUGCGCCUUCUUCGCCGAUCCGUCCUCCACCUUCUGAUGUGGAUGAAGAUGAAUAUGCGGCGGCGGUUUGGUUGUCGAUGCAGCCUCCGUCCUCGCCGGUAAAGCCUGCGCGCCGAGGAGAUGUUGGAGCCACCCCGAAGGCGAAGGGUAGGAGGAUGGUUAGCCCAGUGCAGGAGGAGGAUGAGGAUCAAUUGGAGGGAGAGGACGACCAGGACCAGGGUGAAUUGCCUUCUCUACCUUUCGAGGACGAGGACGAUGGCGAGCGAGACGCGACAACGAUGAUGGCUCCGUCUUCGCCCAUGCAACCCCCGCCAUCUGACGUGGACCCAGACGAGUAUGCGCGGGCGGUGAUGAUGUCGUUGCAGCCUCCUUCGUCGCCGGUCAAACCUACUACGCGUGGAGAUACGCCGAAGCCCAAGUCGAGGAGAAUGAUCAGUCCGGUCCAGGAGGAGGAUGAGGAUCAAUUGGAGGACGAAGUAGAAGGCACCGGCGAAGAUCAGAACGAAGUUCCUCCGCCCAUCUCUGGGGAGGAAGGUCAGGAUGAUGGCGAUAUAAGGGCCACGCCCAGUGCCUCUUCUCGACGAACCCAAGAGCCAGGUUCUCCGGAGAUCCCUGUCCCCGCCUCAUUAUCCUUCCAGUUUAGCUCGACUCCAAAACAAUCCCCGUCGAAAGCAUCACCAACCAAGGCUCCGAUCGGAAAGUCACCGUCACUCAACGCCAUUUUCCCUGAUUUCUCAGUUCGGCGCCGUACCGCAUCGCGAUCUCCAGUUCAACAACGGGGUGGGAAGGAGCAUCGGGUUUCGCCCCUGAAGAAGAGCUCGACGUUACCUGGUACGCCUUCUGCCAGUACUCGAAGCGGACUGCUCGGCACGGGCUCGUUUGUUGCAGGGUUGGGUGGGUUGGCGACCUCGACUCCGAAAGGUGCCAGGACUCCUUUAUCGUUGUCGAGGACUGGGUCGGUCGCUUCCAUUCGGACUCCCAAGAGGAAGAGGUCUCCUUCGGUUGCUUCGGAUUCUGAGGCCUCACUUGACUCGCCGGUUGGGAAGAAGGGGAAGGAAAGACAAGAUGAAGACAGGGAGGAGGAUGGAGAAGCGGUGCUGGCCCAAUCGACAGGCAUGGAGGUGGAUGAAGACCAGCUGGGCGCUCCUGACCUCGACCAAGUCGAAGAUAUAGGUGAAUUCCAUGACGAAGACCAAGACCAAUCGAUGGACACGAUGGACUUGCCUCUUCAUUCACCCAGCCCUAUCCGCCUGGGCUCGCCAUCCGUUGCGUGCUCUGAGCACAGCUCUUCCGAGCCUGCUCCGGCGAUCCGACCUGCCACUCUCCGCCAGCUGCCGACCUCAAGCUCGUCUACACCACCUGUGAUCGUUUCCAUCAAGACUGAGCCGCAGACCCAACCAAGCUCGAGUCGGAGCAUCAAGAUCAAAAAGGAGAAGGUUGGACCUCCCAAGACUCCCCGAAAGUCCAAGGCGGCGGAAGAGGUUAUCGAAAUCGUGUCUUCACCCGAGCUCUCGCCUAGGGCGGCCAACCAGCUUUUGAUCAAUCGAAUGGCGAGGAAGAGGAUGGAGAGGAAGAGACGCGAAGCUGAAGCUGCCAAGGCGGCGGCUUCGUCCUCGGAUGAGGAGGAAGAUGGAGAAGCUGCCAAGAGUGUGGACACGCGAGGUGGUGACGACGGUGUCAUCGACUUGACGAUGAUGGCUUCGUCGGAUUCGAGCUCAGAGGUCGAUCAGAGGAAACGCCCACCUCCCAAGAAGCCGUUGUCCAAAACCUCCAAUGCGAAAAAUCAACGCCCCGCCGCGCCCACCGAGUCGGACUCUGAUUUUUUCGACGUCGACAGUGACUCGAGCACAGACAUUAUCUAUCCCAAGAAGGCUCUACAUACCCAGCACGCUUCUGGAAGCAAGGCAAAGCCUGCACCUUCGCAAGGGUUGAAUUUGAAGGGUCGCAUCGGUGGCCCUAGCUUGGCAGCGACGAAGAUUAGGAAGAGGAGGUCGGGGGAUGACGGGGCCAGUGACAGACCUUUGAAGAAGGCUAGGGAACUGUCUCUAGGAAUCAAGUCGGAGAAGGGGAAGGGAAAGGAGAGGGAGAAGCCACCGUCGAAGAAGAAAGUGAAGACGCUACCAUCCGAUAGUUCGAGCUCAGAGGCCAAGGACAACAUCGUCAUCAAGAGGGAAAACGUUCAGCAAUCGGUUGCACAGUUGAAGAAGAAUGUUGGCGCCGGUUCGAGUUCGAAGCAUGCACAUACCAGCGUCUCGCCUGCGGUCAGUACGACUAGCUCUGCUGCACGCAAGGCGACGCGCGAAAGAGCCAAAAAUGUCAAAUGGCCAAAGCCAAAUGAGUUUGGUAGCAGUUCUUUCCAGCGGGAGUUUAUUGAAUGCGACGACUGUCAUGGAUGGUACCACUACGGCUGCGUUGGAAUUGAAACUGACGACUACCGAAUCGAAGACGAUGAGACCCAAUUCAAUUGCCCGCCUUGCUUGAGCGCUACCAAACGUUCUUCUCGACGUAAACAAAGUUCACUUCUCACAGGGGAGACCGAUGACCGAGGCUUGUUUGUAGGACAUACGGUGAAGCUACCGCCUGUUGCCAGAACCAAGUUUUGCGCUCGGCCUGAUUGCAACCAACCUCGAGUUGAGAAAGACGAAUACUUUGUGAAAGCUAUUAUCGGUCGUCGACUCAACCAACAGAAGAAAUUCGAAUGGCUUGUACUGUGGGAUGGAUACGAUGUCCGGGAGGCGACUUGGCAGACUGAGGCGGAUAUGCAAGAUCCCUUGAAACUUACCGAAGACUUCCACAUCAAAGCGAGGGAAGAGGGACUACAGUCUUUGUUGGAGAAGCCGGGCAAGGUUGUCCUCUUGAAGCAAGCUGUUCCACAUCAUGCCAGUGAUUCAAACGCCGAACAAUGA